AUGUCGUCGGACGAGAUUGUCUGGCAGGUUAUCAACCAGCAAUUUUGCUCUUACAAACUGAAAACCACAAAGGAGCAAACGUUCUGCCGAAACGAAUACAAUGUCAGCGGUCUCUGCAACCGCCAGUCCUGCCCUCUGGCAAACUCCCGAUAUGCUACGAUCCGAUCGGACCCCGAGACCGGCGCGAUGUAUCUGUACAUGAAGACGGUGGAACGAUCACACAUGCCCAACAAGUGGUGGGAGCGGGUGCGACUGUCGUCCAACUACGCCAAGGCGCUCGAGCAGGUCGACGAGCGGCUGAUAUACUGGCCCAAGUUCCUGGUGCACAAGUGCAAGCAGCGACUCACGCGACUGACACAGGUGGCCAUUCGCAUGCGGAAGCUGGCCAAGGAAGACGAGCGAUUGGGUGAGACGGUGGUGCCGCGGUUGGCGCCUAAGAUUCGACGGAGAGAAGAAGCCCGUGAGCGCAAGGCCGAGUCGGCCGCUAAGGUUGAGAGGGCGAUUGAGCGCGAGCUGAUCGAGCGUCUGCGCAGCGGUGCCUACGGGGAUCGACCGCUCAAUGUUGAAGAGGGGAUCUGGAAGAGGGUCCUUCGGGGCUUGGAGCGCUCGGGUGAGGGUGAGCGCGACGAGGAUCUGGAUGAUGGGGAGCAGGUGGAGGAUGAGGAAGAGGGUGUUGGGGAGGUGGAGUAUGUCAGCGAUAUGGAUGAGGACGAGGAUCUGGAGGACAUUGAAGAUUGGCUGGGUGGUGAGUCGGCGGACUCGAGUGAUGACUAUGAUGACGAGGAUGAGGACGACAGCGAGGAGGACAGCGACCAGGAGGAUGACAGCGCUCACAGCGAGGACGAGGCGAAGAAACCCGCGCCUGGAUUCAAGAGAAAGCGCCCUGCUCCCCAGGCCAAACCUCGGAAGAAGGGACCCAAGGUUGAGAUUGAGUACGAGACGGAGGGAGUUGGCAAGGAGAAUGCCCUGGCCUAA